UCCCAUUUCUAAUUUCGUGGCCGCACCAAGAACCCUAACCCCCGCUCUCGACAGCUUCGUUAAAAUUCCAUAUCUGCCAUUCACCUGGGAUCAACGAAGGUACGUUUAGCUUCCGUUUCAAGUUUCCAAGAACCUUUUGCUCGAAUUUUUUUCCGUAAACUCGCAAUCUGACAUCUACUUGUGAGAAGCAAAUCCAAACUCAGGUUUCCAUGAACUGUACAUUUAAUGGAAACUCGGGUUUUCUUGUUAUUGAAUCAUUGAUUUUAGUUGAGGAAAGAACGAAAAUAACGGUGAAUUUGAUCCCUGUUUUGUUAUAAUUUGUUCUUGAGUAGUGUUAGUUGAAGAGGAAGUAGUUUGGAAGGGUUAGUAUGGAUGAAUCAAAGUUGGGAGGAUGGUUGAUCAUGUGAAGUAUGUGGAACUUUGUGGAGUUGCUAGAAAAAUGAAAGCUUAUUUAAUAUUUAGUGACUUUAUGAUGACAAACUGUGGUGCCGAAGAGCGUUAUUGUGUUCUUGGUGGGUUUGCUUGUUUAUUGAGAAUGAAUUUGAGUUGACAAGGUUCAAUUGUUGGGAGCGCAUGCUUGGUAAGAAGGACUCAGAGAUUAUAAUGGAAGCCCCAGUUUCGAAUGGCUCAGUAUUGAAGCGGUCAUUGAGGAGGAAAGCAGGUAUGCGGAAUUAUGAUGAGAAUUUAAUGGAUGAGCUGAUAGAGAAGCAUUUGGGUCGCUCCGUGAGGAAGAGAAAUAGAACAAAGAAGGAUUUGGAGAAAGAGACGGAAACGGAGGCCAUGAUAGCCCUCUCUCUCGGGUUCCCCAUUGAUGCAUUGCUUGAAGAAGAAAUUGAAGCUGGGGUUGUGAGUGAAUUGGGUGGGAAAGAGCAAAAUGAUUAUAUUGUUGUCAGGAAUCAUAUACUGGCAAAGUGGAGGGAUAAUGUGCGGAUGUGGCUAUCAAAAGGGCAAAUCAAGGAGACAGUGAGUAAUGAGUAUGAACAUUUGAUCUGUUCGGCUUAUGACUUUCUUUUGUGUAAUGGCUACAUUAAUUUUGGGGUUUCACCGUCAUUCACAUCUUAUGUUCCAGAAGAGGCAACUGAAGGUUCAGUGAUAAUUAUUGGUGCUGGAUUGGCUGGGUUAGCAGCAGCAAGGCAGCUCUUGGCCUUUGGCUUCAAAGUCAUCGUUCUAGAAGGCAGGAACCGUCCAGGGGGAAGAGUUUAUACUCAGAAGAUGGGUCGGAAAGGUAAAUAUGUUUCUGUAGAUCUUGGCGGUAGUGUUAUUACUGGUAUCCAUGCUAAUCCUCUAGGAGUCCUGGCUAGGCAACUCUCUGUACCACUUCACAAGGUCAGAGAUAAUUGCCCUUUGUAUCAACCAGAUGGUGCACCUGUCAAUAAGGAAAUUGAUUCAAGGAUUGAAGUUGUCUUCAAUAAGUUGCUUGACAAAGUCACUGAAUUGAGGCAAAUAAUGGGUGACUUUGCAAAUGAUAUUUCUUUGGGUUCAGUUUUAGAGACACUUCGGCAGCUGUAUGCUGUGGCUAGAACCACCGAGGAAAGGCAACUUCUUGACUGGCAUCUAGCAAACUUGGAAUAUGCAAAUGCUGGAUGUCUUUCAAAUCUUUCAGCUGCUUACUGGGAUCAGGAUGAUCCUUAUGAAAUGGGUGGCGACCACUGCUUUCUUGCUGGAGGCAAUUGGAAAUUGAUUAAAGCAUUGUGUGAAGGAGUUCCAAUAUUCUACGGAAAGACUGUUCAUACUAUUAAAUAUGGCAACGAGGGUGUUGAGGUCGUAGCUGGGGACCAACUGUUUCAAGCAGACAUGGUCCUAUGCACUGUUCCUCUUGGUGUCUUGAAGAAGAGUACCAUCAGAUUUGAACCCGAGUUACCCAAACAAAAGCUUGCAGCAAUUGAAAGAUUGGGUUUUGGUUUGCUGAAUAAGGUCGCCAUGGUUUUUCCUCAUGUGUUUUGGGGGGAAGACCUGGACACUUUUGGAUGUCUUAGUAAUUAUAGCAACAAACGUGGUGAAUUCUUUUUGUUUUAUGGUUAUCACACUGUUUCUGGAGGUCCUGUACUUAUUGCACUGGUCGCUGGAGAAGCUGCACUGAGUUUUGAAUGCACAGACCCCUCCACUUUGCUUCAACGAGUUCUAAGCAUCCUCAGAGGUAUAUAUAAUCCAAAGGGCAUUGAUGUACCUGAUCCCAUACAAACAAUAUGCACAAGAUGGAGCUGUGAUCCCUUUUCUUAUGGUUCAUACUCUCAUGUCAGAGUACAGUCAUCUGGGAGGGAUUAUGAUAUACUUGCAGAAAGUGUGGGAAGCCGGCUCUUCUUUGCUGGUGAAGCCACAAAUAGGCAAUAUCCAGCCAGCAUGCAUGGUGCAUUCUUGAGCGGCUUAAGAGAGGCUUCUUGCAUUUUGCGAGCCACAAGAGGUCGGCAAAAUAACCCCCGGAAGUUUGUUCAGAAGAAUGUUGGACCAAGCAAUGAUAUUCUUGUAGAUCUGUUCAGAAAGCCUGAUCUAGUUUUUGGAAAGUUUUCAUUUAUAUUUGAUCCUUUGACAGAAGACCCAAAAUCAUUGGGGAUUAUGAGAGUGGCAAUUGGAAAGUCCAAUAAUGAAUUUAAUUGUAGAGACACUAGUAGAAAGGAAAUAGAGAAUGGCUGCAGACAGUCCUUAAAGCUACCAUUGCUCCUUUAUGCAGUAGUAUCUCGUGAACAAGCACAUCAGCUGCCACUGGUGACUGGAGAAGAUGAAGGUAAAUUGACUCAUUCGCUUAAAGUUCUUGGAUUGAAACUGAUGGGACCUAGUGCUCUUGGAAAUUUUGUUAAUUCCUUGAUUGCCAUCAUAGCUAGUGCACGAAGAGGCAGGGGCAGGAACCGCGUAUCUGCUGGACAACAAAAUGCUGUGUAGACAUUCAAUCAGUUUCAAUGCAUAAUUUUGUCAGCACAGGGCUUUUAUUAGUCAUUACUCAUGGCAGUCCUUUUGUAUAUAAUCUAGCCAAUGUGGUUAUUCAGAAAAUUAACUUCAUGAGGUUUUCUGAGAUUGCCCGAUUCUACUGUUCCCUAUGGAGCAUUUUCUUGACGGUCAUGGUGACCAACUUGGUGGUAAAUUUGGAAAACCAUUGGUUGAUAAUACAGCUGUGAGGGAAUCGAGCAAGUCAGAGGCUGUCAUUAGGAGCACCUUGUAUUGGUUCGUGGCUAAGCAUCGGGAAAAGAACGUAAGCAGUUCCAUAUGGGAUCUUGGAUAGGCUUUUGGUUGUUGAUUUAAGUUCGGGAAGAUCUAUUAAUUUUGAUAGAAAAAUAUGGGGGAGGAGAACAGAAUUGAGGAGGAGAAAGUAGCAAAAUAAUAAACACUCAAAACAACUUUUGAAGAGGAGGGAGAAAACAGGGAAGAGAAGACAUGAAGAUAGGAAUUUGGAAUGGAGCAAGCUGCUCUCCAACAAUUGUCACUUAUCAUGAAAAUUUUCAUGCAUGAUAUAACUCUCCUUUGAGUCACUUAUAGGUGAUGGAGACUGUAAAAAGGAAUUGAACCUUUGUAUAACUUGUGAGCUAUGUGAUCAGGGAUUGAACAAAUUCUAAAAAAACUUAUCUUACACCAUUUUUCACAAUCUUAGAUUGGGAGGUGGCCGAGUUAAGUUCUUCAAA